CAUUUUUGGGAUUCGUUCGGCAAUGGCAGGUGAUUUCUCUACCACUUCCUGAGAGACGUUUCAAUUUAAAGUCAAUCUUUCUUGGGAGACGGAAAGCACAACCAAGUCUACGUGUGACACAUCAACACUAAGCUAGGCUUGCUCCGGUUUAACAGUGUCCCGAAGUCAUUGCUCCGCUGUUUUGCCUCGUCGAGAGUGUGUGUGGCAGUGGCGAGGAAUUGUCGACCGUGAGUGCAUUCGCGAGGUUUGUGCAGUUACGGCGUGCGCGUCGAACGACGAAUGCGUGCUAUCCAUCACACCCAAACUACCUAGAUUCCCAACCUAUUCCACCCAGCCAACUCGCAGAGUGAACUAUUUUAGACAAGCUCUCGUCUGAUAUCGCAACCGAACGAAUAGGAAUCGUAGCAUGGUGCGAACGAAUCGUGAGCGACCGCAGGAUUUGUUAAAUUUCCACUUUCCCGUGUCUCCGUCCCAAGGCGUGCCUGACUCUCGGCCUGUCCAUUCCGCCGGACGUGGUCGAUCUGCAUCGUCGAGGGGUGGGAGCGGUCGCCACCACCAACCCAGCAACAGUCGAAUACCGCACCAAAAUUCUGCGUCACACUAUCGACGUACCAAAGAAGACCGCGCUUCGGCACGUAAGAAGGCGGCCUCCAACAUGUUCUAUCUCCAUUCCUCACCCGAUCACGCUUUUGUCCUCACGAGAAAACCAGCAAAACAAGCCCAGUCCUACACCUUUUUGGGUUCCGAUCAGGCCGUAUCCUGGGAAUCGGUACGCAUCGUCAAAUAUCUUUCCACUGUCGAAAAGCAGCAGGAUGAACGCUGUCCUAUUUGUUUGGAUACCUUUGCCUGCCCCCGCAUUACCAAAUGCGGACACAUCUUUUGCCUCCCCUGCAUCCUCCAUCACGUACAGGCAUUUGCCCAAGCACAACCCUACGCCGCACACGGACCCCGAUGUCCUUGUUGCGCCAUCGCCCUGCACGUUCCGGAUCUGCGACCGGUUCAGUUCGAGUGCGUCACGACACCCGCCGUGCAUCAUACCAUCAGACUCGUCAAAUUACACCGUGUCGCACACUCCGGUUGCCCGGCACCCUUUUUGCCCCGACCUGACAUGCCCCGGCGAUCGGCACCACAUGCCGCCCCGUGUCAAGUCGACGCCGAUGCCUCGUACUGUCGUUUCAACUAUGUCGAUCCGGAAACCUACCGUGUUUUGCUCGAGUACAAUCUGCAAGAAUUGGCGGAACAUGUCUUGUCGGGUACGCACGUAGAUAUCGCCGAGCGCAACUGUCAACAAAUGGCUAGGAAUCAUGUUCAAAAAGAACGACAGAUAGCGGCCGAAGAAGUUCUAGAAGAGUUGGCCCUGAUGGAACGCUUUCAAGUUCCAUCUGCGGGCAUUUACCAACCGCAACCUAAGCAACUGCUAUGGAAAACUUACGAGCAGAUUGUGACUAAAUUGAAGGAGGAUACGACGCAUUGCCCCUUAACUGACAAGAUUGAGUCAGCCGCUGGUCUUUCGGCCAUGGCUGCGCUGAAGUUGAGUGAGCCAUACACUUCAUCAUCGACCAUUGGCAAGGAAAUUGGUCGUUUUCGCAGCAAUUCAGUGGCCUCUUCAAUCGGCAACUCAGUCGCAGUGGAAGGUCGAUCACGAGCCAGUUCUACGAUUUCUCACGAUGAUACCCUUAGCACGAAUGGACCGCCUACUCAAGACAAAAAAAGAAAAGAAAAGAAGACCAGUCCAGUGGAGUCGAGCAUGUUCCUAGAUACCGAUGAGAGUGCGUUUUAUCAAGCAACAGACGGAACACUCUGUUUUCUUUCUGGAUUCAAUAUGAAAUGUUUGCGGAAGGAGUUUUCCCCGAAUAUACCCGAAACGGAUAUACUGGAAUCUAAUGCCUCAUCCCAGGAUCGGCACAAAGUCAUGCCAUUGCCGGAUGCUGUGGAGGGAUCCAUAGUGGAAAUUGAGCGAGUUCACUUGUCACCCGAAUCGCGCCAACGUCUAAGGUUUUUAUCGCAUUUGCCACUCUACGCUGAUAUUCUGUUUGUUGAGAUCAAUUUGGGUUCUUUAUUGAGUAGCAAUACUAAAAAUGAGUUCAAGAAGGAUUUCAGUAAGCGGAAACAGAUCCGGUUAAGCCGAAUCAAUGCCGAAAGAAAAGAGGACGAACGAAUACGAAGGAUUGAAGAUGCUCGUAUACUGGAAUUGAAAUCCAGAAUUCAAUGUAUCGAUCCCCACGACGACUUUUUCCGGUCUACGCAGGACGCCGACGCCAUAGCUGAGGUCUUGCGUGGCGACGAUUUCGGCCCAGCCCUCGGUGACAGCCCCCCGGCGACAGCAGCUGCAAGCCCUCUCGGUCAUGAUCCAAGUAUAAGUUUUUCAGCAAUCACACGAACUGGAGGCGCGUUUCCAGCCUUCGCAUCCAAUGAUACAAACUUUCCUUCACUCAGCACGAGCCCGGCGGCUCAACGAGUCCAUCAUCCAGUCCCAACAUCAUGGGGUCGCCCCAAGCCCAUCGCCGCGCCUCCGCCACAACAAAAUGUUUUAUCUCCCAAGCCGUCAGGAAGCAAGAAGUCGAGAGGCAAGAAGGUGCUUCUUUUUUCCAUGGGUGGUGGGCAUGGGUACUGA